AUGACAUCAACCAACGGCACCAGCGGCCACGCCAACGGCACCACUGCCAACGAAUGGACACCAGAGUCCUGGAGGACAAAGCCGGUCAAGCAAUGCCCUGAAUAUCCAGACAUCAAGGCUCUGCGGAAGGCCACCGGCGAAUUGGACCACCUGCCUCCCAUCGUUCAUCCGCAUGAGAUCAACAAGCUGAAGCAGAGUCUGAAGGAGGUCGCCGAGGGGAAGGCCUUCCUUCUGCAAGGAGGUGAUUGCGCAGAGCUCUUUGACUACUGUCGCCAGGACGCCAUCGAGUCCAAGAUUAAGCUCUUGCUGCAGAUGAGCUUGGUUCUCAUUCGGGGUACUAACCGAAAGGUCGUGAGAAUUGGCCGCAUGGCUGGCCAGUAUGCCAAGCCCAGAUCCAGUCCCUUUGAGACGGUCAACGGACAGCAGGUCCCAUCUUUCAGGGGUGAUAUCCUGAACGGCUUCAAACUUGAGGACAGAGAGCUGGACCCCCAGAGACUCGUCAAAGCCUACAACUACUCAGCAGCAACGCUGAACUACAUCAGAGCUGCCAUCUCCUCCGGCAUCGCUGACUUGCACCGACCCCUGAACUGGGAGCUCGGCCACGUCAAGGACUCGGAGCUCAAGGUCAAGUACCUAGAGGCUGUCGAUUUCAUCACGAACGCCCUGCGCUUUAUGCGUACCAUCGGCGCGGACAAGGCGCACGAUUUAGAGACCGUCGAGGUCUACACCAGCCACGAAGGUCUUCUGCUAGAGUAUGAGCAGAGUCUGACCCGACUUCUGGCCAAUCCCCGGUACCCUGCCGAGGGUGAAUCGCAACGAUUCGAGUACUACGACACGUCUGCCCACUUCAUCUGGAUCGGCGACCGCACGCGACAGAUUGACCAUGCCCAUGUUGAGUUCUUCCGCGGCAUUGCGAACCCCAUUGGUAUCAAGGUCGGCCCCACGACGCCCGUAUCGGAUCUUCUGGAGCUGCUGCGGACUCUGAACCCUAGCCGUGAGGUCGGCAAGAUCACACUGAUCACGCGGUACGGCGCGUCCAAGGUGCGGGAUUUGCUGCCGGCGCACAUCCGAGCGGUCGAGGGCAGUGAGUAUAAGAAGACUGUCAUCUGGCAAUGCGAUCCGAUGCACGGCAACACGCGGUCUGUUGGCUCCGCAGGCAUCAAGACGCGCCGCUUCGACGACAUCUUCACAGAGCUGCAAGAGACGCUCGCCGUGCAUAAGGAGGAGGGCAGCUACUUGGGCGGCAUGCACCUGGAGUUGACUGGCGACGCUGUGACUGAGUGCAUGGGCGGUAGCCAAAACCUCGACGAAGACGACCUAUCGACGAACUACACCUCGUUCUGCGACCCUAGACUCAACGAGAAGCAGGCCCUCGAAAUGGCUUUCAUGGUGGCUGAUCACUAUCUCCAGGAGAACAAGGAGAGCGUGACUGAAAAGUAA